CUAUAUAAUUUUACUACAGUAUGGAAAUGGAGAUGAUCGUAGGAAGAACUCCUCUCAAAGCCCGAAAUCAGACGUUUACUCCUGCUCUAGGAAAAAGACAGGCAAACCGAACCAUGUUUGCAACUCCGCCGAAAAGAAUGAUGACUGCCACCCCUCGACCUACACCUGGCAAGAAAAACAAUUGUAGCACACCAAGUAACUUGAUCUUCAAAAAAUCCAGAAACUCCCCUGGUUUAAAGUUGCCUGUGAAGACCCCAGGAAAGGUAAACUUAUACAAGCAAGCCUCGACACCAGGAAAAUUCGUUGUUUUUGAGGACUCUGAAGAUGAAGUUCUCAGGGAAAUGAAAAGAAAGAACUUCAGUAUAGAGCAACCAGAAAGGUGUCCUUGGGCAGACAAAACUAAAUUAACUGUAAAAUCAGAGCCUGUGCCCCCUCUUGAGAUUAUAGACGACUACUCUUGUCUAGAACCAUCUAGGAAAAAACUUCGACCCCUGAGACUAGAUCCUCUACCAAUCGGGUUUGAACAAGAUGAGUUGAUAUUCAACCUGGAUACUGAUUACCCACUUCCACCACUAUCUGAAUAUCCUGAUGGGGAAGAUGGUGAACCAGAACUCUGCCCUUGGGCUAACAUAUCUUCAGAUCCACUCGACACGACAACAGGAGAAGUGGAACUGGAACUGUCGACACUGAGUGACCUUGACAUCACUAAAGAGAAACUUAGUCAGAUAUCUAUUAGGUGUUUUAACGAGAGCUACCGUGAGUUAGAGAACGCGCUAUCUGAUGACGAGUUACCAGACAUGCCAAGCACUCCCGAACUGGACCUGGAGCUUCAGGAACUUCUCGAACUUUCCUUCGAUACCUUCCAUUUGUAGUUCCAGAAGUAUCUGCUUGGAUCUCCGAUUGUUUUACUCAAUAAUUUAUUAUGUGACACUUUUUAUGUUUCAUACGGUUCAAGAAUUAUAACUCCAAAAUUGUGACUGUGUAUAUUACCAUGGGGACUGUUAUGGUGAUAAAUCCGAUCGUUCAAAUAUGGGUCAUGUCGUGACUAAUAAUCGUGCUGAUAUGUUAUAAUAUUAAUACCAAAUUUUUGAGACGAUCUACUCUGAAUUUAUAAGUUCAAUGAACUUAUCGAAUUUAUGAAAUUCUUCACUUUCAUUGAAACUCCUGGAAAACCAUAUUUUAAGUAACCAUGAUAUUGAUCUUGUUAAAUUGUAUAAAUUUAAAUUAUACUUAUAUUUGUUAAGUUAUAGACAAAUUUUGUGACAUUUUUAUGAAAUUAAAGACGACUUCAAACCAAAUCAGGUGUAAUGAGAUACAAAUCGGUGUUUUGAAACUUUAAACAAAACUGUAGUCCACAGAACUCAAUAACUUUCAUUAUUCUAGAAUCUUUAGGAAAGUAUAAUCUUUCUUGAUUUUGCGAUUUUGGGAAUAAAUUGCUGUUUUUGUGCGAGUUUCAUUGAUGUAUAAUCUGCUUCAACUUUCAUUGAUGUAUAAUUUGCUCAAAAUGCGUAAUUUGCUUUAAUAAAUUUUUAUGAUCAAUA